AUGGCGCAAGGCUCCAUCAAAAUGUCCAGCAAGGCGGCGGCGCCCAAGGCCGUGCACUCGAAGCGCCAGGCGUCCAAGGUGACCAAGUCCAAGAAGGCAAAGAGCGCGGACAAGAUGAUCAAGAAGUUCACGUCGGGCAUGGCGGCCAAGACGGAGGCGCUGCUGGGGGAGCGGGCGGGCCAUCUGGAGCUGAUUGGGCCGGGGAAGAAGGGCGGCAAGAAGCUGUCGCAGAAGGGAGGAUCCAAGAAGUUCGGCUAA